UUGAUCCUUUAGUAUCUAAGCUAUAGGCUUUAACUGCGACUACAUGAAUGCAUAUUUUAAUAAUUAUUAUGUUCCAUACAUUUAACUUAUAGUACUGUUCAAAUACUGAUACUAAAGUAAUACAAAUAAUACAAUUCAAAUAUUGGGCAAACUCAUCAUGAGGUCCAUCAAACGUCAAACCAUCCGAUUCUCGCGAUAUUCCACGAAGUUUCCGGUGUUGUGUAUGUUCCUGGAAACAUGGCGGCCAGCUUCCGCGGCCGUCCUAUCCGGAGUCUUCGGAUGCGAGGUCGGAAUGACAGCGGGGAAGAAAACGUACCGCUGGAUCUGACCAGAGAACCAUCUGAAAAUUUCCGGGAAAUUGUCCAAAAUGUGGCCAAACCACAUGGAGUCAGUAACAUGCGUAAACUGGGCCACCUGAACAAUUUUAUAAAGCUGCUAUGCAGUGUAGGCCACCAAGAGGAGAAGUUUGGAUUUACAUAUGAAGAAAUCAUAGUUUGUUUACGUCUUGCUCUGCUAAAUGAGGCUAAAGAGGUCAGAGCUGCAGGAUUGCGGGCACUACGGUACCUUAUUAAAGACACAAACGUCUUGCAAAAGGUCCUUAGACUACAGGUGGAUUAUUUAAUCUCCAGAUGCAUUGACAUCCAACAGAGCAAUGAAGGAGAAAGGACUCAGGCUUUGAGACUAGUUCGAAAGAUCAUCACUGUCAACGCAAUGCUCUUUCCCACCUCCAUUGCAAACUCUCUAAUCGCUGUGGGCACUGAUGGUCUACAGGAACGUGACCGCAUGGUUCGUGCAGCCAUUGCAAUUGUGUGUGAACUUGCUCUAAAAAACCCAGAAGUGGUGGCCAAACGGGCGCGUCUGAGCACCAUCUUGAAGAGUGUCAUUGAUUGUCAGCUAAGUCGCAUUAAUGAAGCUUUGAUCACCACCAUCCUUCAUCUUCUCAAUCACCCGCACACGCGCCAGUUUGUGCGGGUGGAUGUAGAGCUCGAGCAAAUCCUUGCACCUUUCACUGAUUUCCACUACCGGCAUAAUGCUGACACAGCUGAGGGACAGCUCAAGGAGGAUCGAGAGUCACGUUUUUUGUCAAGUCGGAUGGCAAUUGUAGCUGCUUUUCGCUCGUGGUCUGGGAUUAUCAACCUAUGCAAGGCUGGGAAUUCUGGUAUCCAAUCUUUAAUUGGCUUACUCUGCAUACCAAAUAUGGAGGUUAGGAAAGGGUUGUUGGAGGUCUUGUAUGAGAUCUUUAGACUCCCUGUGCCCAUUGUAACGCACGACUUUACUGAAGCUCUUCUUAGUGUUGACCCUGCCAGGUUCCAGGACACAUGGAGACUGUCGGAUGGCUUUGUAGCUGCAGAAGCCAAAGUCAUUUUACCACAUCGGGCACGCUCUAGGCCAGAUCUUAUGGACAACUAUUUGGCUUUUGUUCUGUCAGCUUUCAUCACAAAUGGACUGUUAGAGGGUAUUGUUGAAGUUGUGACCAGUAGUGAUGACCAGCUCGCUGUGAGAGCAACUAUACUUUUGGGAGAGCUUCUACACAUGGCAAACACCAUCCUUCCUCAUUCUCACAGUCACCACUUGCACUGCCUGCCCACUCUCAUUAACAUGGCGGCCUCGUUUGAUAUUUCUCAAGAAAAACGACUUCGUGCAAGUGCAGCUGUCAAUAACCUGAAACGUUUCCAUGAGAAGAAGAAAAAAGGUCUGAAGCCCUACAGUCUGUACUUGGAUCACAUCAUCCGAAAAUCAGUUUCCUCUCAAAACCGCAGAGAGUCUCAUUCACGGCCACAGCGAGACAUUUAUGUUAUUAAGGACACAGAAGAAGCACUUAUGAUGAACUUGAGAGACAGUCAAAUACUCAACCAUAAGCAAAACCUUGAAUGGAACUGGCUGCUCAUCGCCACAAUUCUUAAGUGGCCACACGUAAACCUCAGGAACAAUAAAGACGAACAAAUGCACAGGUUUGUGCGGAGGCUGCUGUAUUUCUAUAAACCUAGCAGUAAGUUGUAUGCAGGCCUAGCCCUGGAUCACAUGAAGGCCAGGCAACUCACUGUGGUUGGCUGUCAGUUCAUCGAGUUCCUCAUGGAUUCUGAUGAGGAUGGGCAGGGUUACCUUGAGGACCUGGUCAGGGACAUGGUUUUGUGGCUCUCCUCGUCUUCCGGCCUGAAGCCUGAGCGCUCCCUUCAGAGUAAUGGCCUGCUCACCACACUCAGCCAACACUACUUCCUGUUCCUCGGGACGCUCUCGGCACAUCUACAAGGCGUCAAACUGCUGGAGAAAUGUGGCCUGUUUCAGUGCCUGCUGAAUAUGUGCUCGGUAAAGAACCAGGAUGCUGUGCUGAAACUCGCUGUGACGACUUUGGACUACAGUACAGAUGGUCUUGCCAGAGUGAUCCUGUCCAAGAUUCUCACCGCUGCUACUGAUACGUGCCGGCUGUAUGCCACCAAACACCUGCGUGUGCUGCUGAGGGCGGGAGUGGACUUCUUUAGCAGUUGGGGCAUGGAGUUGCUGGUCACCCAGCUCCACGAUCACAGCAAAGCUGUUUCAAUGGAGGCUCUGGACAUCCUGGAUGAAGCCUGCGAGGACAAGGCUAAUCUUCAUGCUCUCAUUCAUCUAAAACCAGCCCUGUCUCACUUGGGAGACAAAGGCCUUCUGUUGCUCCUCAGGUUUCUUUCCAUACCUAAAGGAUUUUCUUACCUCAAUGAGAGAGGCUAUGUCAGCAAACAGCUGGAUAAAUGGCAAAAGGAAUACAAUCUUAAGUAUGUGGAUUUGAUAGAAGAGCAACUAAAUGAAGCACUAACAACUUACCGAAAACCUGUUGAUGGCGACAACUACGUCAGACGCAGCAACCAAAGGUUACAAAGACCAAAUGUUUAUCUACCUGUGCACUUGUACGGUCAACUUGUCCACGAUAAGACGGGCUGUCAUCUUUUGGAAGCUCAGAGUGUAGUUCCUGACCUCAGCUACACGGUCCGCUCCCCGAUGCUGGACACCUGGGAGGGUAUCAAACAGCUGAAGGCUGCUCUUUGGGCUCUGGGCAACAUUGGAUCUUCAAACUGGGGUCUGAAUCUUCUGCAGGAGGAGAAUGUCAUUCCGGACAUCCUUGCAUUGGCGCAACACUGUGAAGUCUUGUCAGUCAGAGGCACCUGCAUCUAUGUGCUGGGUGUCAUUUCUAAGACCAGGCAGGGCUGUGAGGUGCUCAAACAGUUUGGGUGGGAUGCAGUGAGACAUAGUCGUCGGACGCUGUGGCCUGUUACUCCGGACGAGGUGGGGACACAGUUGACGUCUGAACUCUCAUCGGUACCGAGCACUCUCAGUCUGAACUCAGAGUCUACCAGCUCACGGCACAACAGUGAGAGCGAAUCUCAUCCAAACAUGUACAUCUUGGACGAUGACAAGUGUGACAUUUUUGACCAAUCAGAUGAGAGUUGUUAUAUCUCACACUCCAAACCAGUGAAGGACCGCAGUCCCUUCACCAUUCUGGCAUCAUCACGUUUUGUUCGAACACGCUUCCUGAACUCUCUGUCUCUUCCCAGUAAAAAAAUACGCUCCACUAGUGACCCUAAAACGCCCUCAGGGUCCCGCACGCCAACUGAGCUCAAGAACAUGAGGAGAAACCGGACAGUUACUGAGCCAUCUGUGUACAGCCCAAACCAGAGUGAUGUCUUCACCCCAGUAUUUAAUGGCAGAGGGAUGCCCAAGAGCCCCACUGUGAGCCUGGAGACUUCCUUUGUUGGGACCAGGGGUGGCUCUGAUGAGCAGCUGACAGAUGGGCGAUUAGUGAGGAGCGGGGUCUCUGGUUUGGGACUGAGUGGUCUUGCACAUGGAGCUCCAGAGCACCACAUGAGGGAGCGAGAGCAGACCAGCCGAGAGCGGCUGGCGGGGGAUGGCGGCUCCACUACAGGGGGUAAUGUGGGGGGAGGUGGUACUCAAUUUAAGAGUCGCAGUCAGAGCUUUAACACGGACACUACGACCAGUGGCAUCAGCUCCAUGAGCUCCAGCCCCUCCAGAGAGACUGUGGGAACCCCGAGCAUCGAACCUGAGCCAGACUCCUCAGACUGUGUCAGCCUCAAUACUGUUGUCUCAGCCAAAACAGUCAAAACUCUGUCCUCCUUCACCCCACAGGCACAGACAAAUCACAUGACCACAUCCAAGUCCUCCACUGUGUCUCUCGUACCACCAGGCUCCUCACACACUCUCCCGCGGCGCGCCCAGUCUCUGAAAUCCCCCUCAGUCACCACCAUCAAGAGUCUAGCUGACUGCAGCUUCAUGUACACCAGUCCCAGAGAUGCUCUCGGCUAUGCCACACUCAAGAGACUGCAGCAGCAGAGGAUACACCCCUCUCUAUCUCACAGUGAAGCUCUGGCGUCUCCCGCUAAAGAUGUCCUGUUCACAGACACCAUCACCAUGAAGACCGGCAGCCUGGACUCUAGACUCACACCUCGCAGUCUCUCCCCCCGGAUCCUCUCACGCUCCUCUCCUCUUGGCCUGCCUAGGUUUUUGAAAGCACUGAGCUUUGCUUCUCUGGAUAAAGAGGAACUACUCAGUCCCAUCAACCAAAGCACCUUGCAUCGCUGUUCUUCUGUGCGCUCCAUGGUGUCUAGUGCCACUUAUGGGUGUAAUGAUGAUUACGUCGGCCUGGCAUUACCCAUGGACAUAAAUGAUAUGUUCCACAUUCGCGACUCGGCAUACUUUCAGCAGAGAAUCAGUCCCCCAUCUGAGGAGAGAAAACGCUUCCUCUUCGGGGAUGGAGACGGUAUAGUUUUUCCUCCUUCAGUUUGAGUAAAAGAAGAAAACUUGGUCCUGUCACUCAAUGCAAAUUAUAUUUUUGAUUUAGGUGAACGCACAAUUCCCCUGUUAAAGCAGCAGUUUAGUAUUUCUGAGCUCAUGGCGAGUCGAGGCGAGAACCAGAACCACCUGUUUGAUUCCGAAGAGACCGGACUCCAGGACCACUCUGAAGACAACUGUCUCUACUGUGUAGGAUCCAGUGUUCUGGGCUACUGCACUCAGCCCCAGCUCAACACACACCCUCGGACAGAAUACGUGGACUUCCAGUCAUGGGGCGGUCAGACAGGACAUCGUCUGGAGGUGAUGCCUCAGUCCAAGUUUUCAGGAGUCUCCGGCUGCAGUGAUGCUGCUGUUUCCCAAGGCUCCAUCUGUGGCACUCCCACUCCCACUGACAUUGUUAUUGAUGGAAAGACAAUAUCUGAGGACGGGCCUGCCUCCAGAGUCCUGCUGAGGAAAGAAGUGCUUCGCCUCAUAAUCAACCUCAGCUCCUCAGUGGGAACCAAAGGCCAUGAAACAGGACUACUGACGAUAAAGGAAAAGUUCCCUUAUGCUUUUGAUGACAUCUGCCUGUACUCUGAGGUUUCUCACCUUUUGGCUCACUGUAUGUUUCGCCUGACCUCCAGACGCUUCAUACAAGAACUCUUCCAGGAUGUGCAAUUCAUGCCCAUGUAUGAGGAAGCAGAAGCGAUCCUGACAAAGCAACCAAAACCUGUAGAAGACGAUAUGGACCUGGCUUCUGAAUCCUGAUCCUCUCCUGUUUGUCCACAGCCCCAGUCCUGCCAGUUACUAAACUCAAACCCAGUUCAAACUUGGCUGAAAGCAUGAAAAUGAUCUAAUUUAAAGGAAGCAUUUUCUGUUGUUCAAAUGGAUCACUGUGGCCACAUGGAAAGGAGAAGUUUAUGUAUUACCUUCAAGCAAACUAGUGCUUCAAACUAAGUCACUAUCUGGAAACUAGAUGCAUGCCUAAUGCUGUUUCAGACUUGAUUUGGAGACUUGAUGGUUUCUAUUAUAAAAGAACCAAAAACUGAUGGGAUGGCAUACUCCAGCAACUCGUGCAGUUACAUCUACAUAAUGCUAAACAACCUAGCUGGACCAUUAUGACAAAAGACUGUGUUUUAAGAUGGCCUCAUUUUAUCUCUCUGCUGAGAGGGUGUUUACUGUAAUGAAAUGAAUAAGGCAUGUCUUUGUGUCUAUACCCUGUGAUUUCCUCCAGACCCUCAUUUUAUUCUAUUGAAACAAAACACUACCACGGGUCUUGCCGUUUUUAAACUCCCCCUCUUAUUACCUUUGCUCUGUUAUAGCCAAUGCGUUGCUUUCACCUCAUACAACUUCUACAACCUAAAGCCUCUUUCUCAUCCACACAAACCGCCAAGUACUUCUCUUCUCAGACAAUCAGCAAUUGGUAUAUUUUUUUCUAUCUAGUACAUGAAGACAAUAGCACGUUAUUUAAUACUAGUUAGUUUUGGCUAUUCCUUCUUCUUGCAUAGGACCUAUUGUGUUGUAAGUAAGCUUUGCAGUUUUGGGACAUCUCAGGAGGUGGCUAUAUAAUAGUGUCUGAUCUUUGUUUGGUUGUAUAACUCAUUACCUAUUAAGUACUCUGCUCAUGAACUACCUGUGUCCAAUGGAUAUCCCACUUUAAGCCUAUGUACCUCUGCUUCACUCCCUCUGCAUGUGCAACUAGCAUGGCCAAACUCAACGCCACCUCAAUGUUUUUUCCUCUUGUAAGACUUUAACGAAAAAGGUUGCCAUUACAUGCUGCCAUAACAUUGUAGGAAUUUAGGUACCCCCCAGAUCUUUUUUCACAAUGCAAUAGUGCUAAGGAUGGGGACUGGGAAGACUUAUAAAAUAACAUUAGGUUAGGUUUCCAUGGAAACAGGAAUGGCUGUUUCCAUUGGCUUGUGUUUUUGCUCUAAUGCUGCUAUAAAAAAGUUUCAAAAAAGAAAAAAAGAAAUUGUAGAGAGAUGAUUUGUAGAUCAGCUGAGUGACUUCAGAUCCGAUCUAUUUAUUGUAUGUCUGUACCAUAGAGUGAGCUCAACCAGAGAUGAAAAGUUAUUUAUAUUUUUCCUCAAGACUGUAUUAUAAUUUAAAAGGGUUUUGUUUCUUUUUUGCCUGAAUCGUGGUUUCCCUUGUAUAAUGUGUACAGUAUGUUUUGGGGCAUUGACCUAAAGAAACAUACAAUCCUAAAGGGAUGCAUUGUUAAUAAUAAAACAUAAAUGAAAUACCA